GUGCGCGGCGACUACCCGGCGGGGGGGUUCCCGCUGCCGGAGAUCGACCGUUCUGCGGAGACGCAGGCCAUGAUAAAAUCCUACAAUGCCGUUUUGAGUGGAUCUCCCACCUUUUCCUGGGUAGAGAGGACCCUUGGUGCAGACAUAGUGAUAGUUUCAGAGCAGGAGGAGUGGGAUCGUGUUGAACCUUUGCUGAAGAAGGAGCUGGAGAAGUGGCCAGUACUUGGAAUUGAUUGUGAGUGGGUAUCUGUGGAGGGAAAAGCGAAUCCUGUAUCCCUCCUACAGAUGGCUUCUUCCAGUGGCCUCUGCAUUCUUGUUCGGUUGCCCAGGCUAGUUUCCAGUGGACAGACUAUCCCAAAGACUUUGUUGGACAUCAUGGCAGAUAGUGCUGUGUUGAAAGUUGGGGUAGGAUGCUGGGAAGAUGCUUGCAAGUUACUUCAUGAUUAUGGUCUUCCAGUCAAAGGGAGCGUGGAUCUCCGGUAUUUAGCCAUGAGACAGCGGAAGGAUCUACUUCACAACUGCCUUAGCCUGAAAUCUUUAGCUGAAAACGUCCUGAACUGCCCACUUGACAAGUCUCCUCAUGUGCGUUGCAGCAACUGGGAGGCAGAAGAACUGACCCAAGAUCAGGUUCUAUAUGCUGCUAGGGAUGCCCAGGUCUCAGUGGCUCUGUUCUUCCAUUUGCUGGGAUUUACCAGCCUCCCUGCUACAUCUGAAGGUGAAAACUCUGCCGCUGCUUGGGAAAACGUGCUGGGUAAAUGCAGGGGCUUGGUGGAUAUCCCAUUUAGAGGAAGAAGGAGUGGCAGCACAGGAGAGGAGAAGAGUGGAGAGGGACGCUCCCCUCAGAAAACAAAGAAUCGGAAAUCUUCAGUGAAUAGCCAGUCCUCUGGCAGUCAGCAAGUGAGAGAUCCACGGAGGCAGAAGCGAAAGCCUCUGGGUGUGGGAUAUUCUGCACGCAGGAGAGCAAAGAUAUCUUACAGUCAGUUGGUGAACCCCAGAAAAUCUCCACUGUAUGACAACUGCUUCCUGCAUGCUCCAGAUGGACAGCCCCUGUGCACUUGUGAUCGCAAGAAGGCUCAGUGGUAUCUGGACAAGGGGAUCGGAGAGCUAGUUAGCACAGACCCAUUUGUUGUGAAGCUGCGGUUUGAGCCUUCAGGACGUCCUGAGUCUCAAGUUGAUUAUUACCUGACAGUCAAAGAGAACCUGUGUGUUGUAUGUGGCAAGCGAGAGUCCUAUAUCCGGAAGAACAUUGUUCCUCACGAAUACCGAAGACACUUUCCUAUCCAGAUGAAGGACCACAAUUCCCAUGAUGUGCUCCUACUCUGCACGUCCUGCCAUGCCAUCUCCAAUUACUAUGACAACCAUCUCAAGCAGCAGCUGGCUGAGGAGUUUGGUGCUCCCAUCGGCUCUGAGGAAGGCGUGCGUCUGCUGGAGGAUCCUCUACGCAGGCAAGUGCGCUCGGGGGCCCGAGCCCUGCUGAAUGCAGACAGCCUGCCUGACUCCCGAAGGGCAGAACUUCUGCAAAGCAUCAAGGACUUCUUUAACACAGAGGUAGUCACCCCAGAGAUGCUUCAGGAAGCAGCUGGUCUGGAAACCAGGAUCUGCAAUGAGAGCUACAUGCCACAUGGACUGAAGGUGGUGCAGUGUUUUGCUAAAGGAGGCCUGCGCUCCCUUAUGCAGUUGGAGAGACGCUGGCGGCAGCAUUUCUUGGACAGCAUGCAGCCCAAGCACCUCCCAGAGCAGUGGUCAGUGGACCAUAACCACAUGAAGCUGAUCCGAAAGUAUGGGGAAGAUCUUCAGAUUGAGCUGUCGUGAAACUAGCUUCCUGGACUCUAGAUAGUGUCUAAUGGAUAUAUGUAACUGAAGGUGGAAGGACUGUUUUUAUUUCUAUGUCUCCACUAACACCUGGGCCUGGGUUUGCAAACAGGCAGCAGUAGAUCUGCCAGAUUUGGUGUUUUUAUAGAGUUAAAUCUGUUGACUUGAAUUUUCAGGGGGUUUGGAAUUUUUAAUCCUAGUAUUGUCACUGCCUGGUUCAGUGCAAGAGUGAUAUGCUAAGGGAACUUGUCUUCUCAAAGUGACUAUGGAGAGUUAUUUUCUAACCCCCAGGAUGUCUGAUGCCUCCAGACUAUCUCUCUUGACACAGAGCACAAUAUAGGAACAUUUCCAGGUUUUCUGACAAAUACAUCUGUGCCCUUGGCUGCACUUUGAGAGUCUCCUGAUAAAAGUCUCUCUUUGCUUUCAGUGCAGUUGUAUUCAUAUGAGUUCUUCUCAGAGAAGACUCCCUGCCAGACAGAGAUUCCAUGUUUGGAAGUGGCAAAGAAACCUUACCUUUCUUUUUUUGCAGAUUCUGAGCUGUAUCAGCAUUGCAGAUAGACCUCAGUGAGUUUCCUGGUGGCAGUUGCCUGAUGGGAAGCAACACUCUGACUCUGGCAGUGUGGAAGGACCCGUGUCAAGUCUUUUCUUAAACAGCUUGCAGCAAUGCACAGUCUAUAAAAAAAUGUUCUUUCCUAAUUCCACUUGUUUAUCAUGAAUAGCUCUUGCGGGUACCUUUUCAUGUCAGACUGAAAGAAGGUUGGGUGUCUUAAAAGGGAUGAGAGGAAACAAAUGUCAUUUAAAGACCAGCAUCUUUUUAAGAGGUCAGACCACAUGUGGCAGAAAACUGGAAAAUCUGGCGUUCUGUUCCUGGAUUUGACAUGUGUGGUGGUGAGCAGGUCAUACUCUCUCCAUGCCUGUUUCCCUGUCUCUAAAAUGGGACUAAUAAUACUUAACUAUCUCACAAGGGUGUUGUGAGGCUUAAUUAAUUCAUGUUUUUGUAAAAUGCUUUGAAAAUACAAGCUAGUGUGUGUUCAUUAUUACUGUUGUUUUUUUAAAAUGUGUUGCUGUCUUACUUUCUUAAAUAUCCAUGUUUUUUGCCUGUUGCUAGACCUUAGUGAAAUAGAACUUUUUAAAAAUACAUAGCCCUUUCUGUGAAAUCACUUUUGAUGAUUUUGAUUGCAUGAUAUGAGUGUGCUUCUCCUGAAUGAUGAAGCUGUGCUCAACUUUUAUAGGUCUCUCUAAAGACCCUUCAGUAAAACCCUUACCGUACUUCACACUACUGCAUAUAGCACAGUUGACCCAUAUUUUAUUAUAACAUCUGGGCAGAAUCCUGGGCCUGCUGUGAUCAUGGCUGAAACUUUCCCUUAUCAGAUAAUUCAAGAAAUUUCAGAGGCCAGGGGUGAAAAACCUGUUUGUAGCAGAGACCGUUUGAGAUAAGUAGGAGCUGUGGAGAAAUGGUAUGUUAAUGCCAUAACAGAGGAGCUGCAGUAACAGCCUAAGCACAAGGAAUCGAAGAUUCAUGAUAUAUACUACUUAUCACAGAGCUGCAAAUGAGACCAUUUUCUCAUUAUAAGGGCAAUUCUAUUCCUUUCCUGUGCCACUGAUGGGUCUUAACAAAAACUGAUCUAGCCAAAUGUGUCCUGUCUCUAUGCUCAUUCACACAGCUGCUUAUAAUCUCUGCAAGAAUCAGCAAGAACCUCCUGCAGCUUGGAUGUAACUAUUUCUCUCCAAAGCAUUUUGAGCAUGUGUUCAGAUAGUACUAUCUCCUGUCUUCAGUGCCAUCUGAUCAGUGUGGCGAGAGAUCUUUGCAUGGCUCAGAAACUCCGUUUCAACAAUCAGGAGUAAAAGGUGUCCAUCUCAAUUCUUCAUUCUGCUUUGUUUUUUCUCCUUGUUCUGAUGUAGGAACUCCUGAUAAAGCUGUCCUUGUUUGAUGGAACCAAUGGGAUGACCACAGGGCUGCUGUCUUUUCUGUUUGUUGAGAUAAGAAAAUGAUGUUGAGACAAGAAUUGGACUACACAUCCUCUAAAUUUAACGAAUCAGUGGUAUCAUUGAAGAGUUUU